AUGAGUACUGAUUUCAGCAUGUUAUCUUUAAUGCUUUCGAUGAGAGACACAUCAGAAAGUAUGCUUCAAAAAGGUACAGCGAGAAGUUCGCAGAAUUUUGAAGACAAAGCGAUAAAUGGGCUCGAAUACAUUUGCAGCAUAUUCGAUAACGUUCAGCUCUUGCGCACUAUCGGUGUCAUUGGGGAAUCCAACGUAAUUUAUCAAAAGCUCAUCAAGGGCGAUUUUGGCUCAAAGCUUUGGCUUGCAACUCUCUUGCUGUCAAGUCGACGGCUUUUGUCGCGAAUAGUGGGCCUCAUAAAAACUCGCUUUAGGCUUAAAAACGAAUGUGGAAAUAUUAGGACAGGGUCCACAAAUGCACUCAGGGAUGUGCUUAUGCGAAAGCUUGUUGCGCGACAGAAAUCACUAGACCAAAACAUUUCUUUGGCGACCCUAGAGCUCUUACAAAAUUUCUUUUACCUUGUGAUACUGUUAGCUGAAAUCCUGAAGCUUCGGCUUUCGGGGCGUCAAAGAAAAGUGCUGAAUAUUUGCUCGGCGCUUUCAUCUAUUUUAGGCUUAAUCUCAUCAGGAGUUGGACUCUAA